AUGGAAUAGUUUUAUAGAAUGGCUUCGUCCGCAACAACUGUUAAAGCCUUUUUCAAACGAAAGUCGGUGAAAUACGGUUUACCUUUCCUUAUCUGUGUCCUUGGAGGUUCAUUUGGACUUAAAGAAUUUGCCCAACUCAGGUACACAUUUUCGAAGAAAUCCUUAGUUAAGAGGGAAGAUAUAAAAAGUGCAGGAAUUGACAUGAAUGAUCCCAAAGAAAGCACAAUUGAAGUGCAGUAUGAAAAACUAAAGACAAUGGAUAUUGACAAUUGGGAACAGGUGAGAGGACCACGGCCAUGGGAAGAAAAUGUAUCUAGUUGAUUAUUAGUUGUUACAUAGGUAUUAUUAUAAAAUAAAAUUGUAAUAGGAG